GCUGCCGGAGUAUAUGACCACAUUCCCACUGGUAUAUAUUGCAAAUUUUCUUCAGGGCGCGGACCACUGAAUCUGCCGAUCAUCAGAAGAAUUAUGACAAUAGCCAGCACAAGCAAUGACCCGAUCAUGGCACAGAGCAGUGCAUCUGUACUACAGACCAAAGCUGUACCAAAACGAACUGAAGAGAAGAGAAAAAAGAAAGGCGAAAUUGCUCGCUUUAUAUAGACAUUUUUCUCGUUCGGGACUUCAAAUCCCCGUGAAUUCUCAUUGGCCCAGAUAACGGGUUGCGUAUCAACUUGUGGGCUGCCUACUAUGGCAUAACAAAAGAUACAGCACCAAAGGAAAUGAAAGGAGGAGUGGUACCUGAUGGUCAAGUAGACAAGCGUGCUUCGGCGGUAGUGGUACGUGUCUCUCACCAUGCGGAGCUGUACCCUCCGAUGGUAUCGGCGCUUGUUUGUGAGUGGGGCCGUGCACGGCACCGUGUCGAGCAAAAACAAAGACACGAAUAUUCUACGGCAUCAGUUGUUCCUGAUCCAGCUUUAGUAAACAUUAAGAACACGAUCCUCCCAGCAGCCAGUUUCUAUUCUUCACCCAACAAGGUAAACAG